GUGACUAUACGCGCGGUUUCAUUGACGAAAAUUAAUCUUAAUAAAAUGGCACCGAAUCCCUGAGAAAUGGAACGAAGUUGUUUAUUCGGCCGUAAUGGCUGUUAUUUCUAAGAUGUCUACAGAACCUAAAGACUCAACAAGUCGGGAUGCUGGGGCAUCAGCGGGUACAAGUAAAGCACCCGACAGCUCUGCAAAGGAGCGUGGCCAAUCCGUUUUGGAACAGCACGGUUUCACAGCCGGUGAAAAUAUCGGACAUGGUUCCUACGCCGCGGUAAAACUUGCAUACUCCAGCCGGCACAAAUCCAAAGUUGCCAUCAAGAUCGUCUCCAAGAGAAAAGCGCCUGAAGACUACCUCAAGAAAUUCUUACCGAGAGAAAUCCAGGUAGUCAAGAUUUUGAAACAUCCGAAUCUGAUAUGUUUCCUGCAGUCGAUUGAGACAACAAGCAGAGUGUACUUCAUCAUGGAGCUGGCUGAGAAUGGAGAUCUCUUGGACUACAUCAAGGCACAAGGAGCAGUCACCGAGUCUCAAGCUGGAACAUGGUUUCAUCAACUUGUAGACGGGAUGGAAUAUAGUCACGACCAGGGCGUGGUCCAUAGAGAUCUCAAGUGUGAAAACAUUCUCUUGAACAGGAACAACAUCUUAAAGAUUACUGAUUUUGGUUUCGCGAGAGGCCACAUGAAACCAGUUGAUAAGCGAGUGAUCCUUAGUGAGACGUACUGCGGCAGCUAUGCCUACGCACCCCCGGAAAUUCUCCGAGGGAUACCUUACGAUCCGAUGUUAGGAGACAUCUGGAGUAUGGGUGUGGUACUCUUUACCAUGAUGUUUGGGCGGCUGCCUUUCGACGACACCAACCAUAAAAUACUCCUGCAGCAGGUACAGAAGGCGCCAGCCUUCCCGUCCAAUCGGAAUGUGGCAGACGAUUGCAAGGACCUGAUUUGUCGCAUCCUUUCGCCGGCCAAGCGACGGAUCCACAUCAGCGAGAUCCGAGAAGAUCGGUGGUUCCGCCGUGUCGGGGGGAACGCUGCUAAAGUCAAGAAGGCAUCGACUGUCAAGGUGAAUCCUACUAGCGAGGCCAAGUUACUCGGAGGAGGAGAGACAGACCGAUCGGCGAGUAAGAAGACUGCCGACAAGAUCAGUGACUAAUCAAAUGGUAGAACCGGAGCUUCGAAUUGUUGACGAAAAGCGGCAUGAUGAAUUUGGCGGG